UACUUGUAAGACUGUAAGACGUUGUAAGAGUUGCGCUUCAAUUAGUAUAUUGAGGCUCAUGAGAAACAUUACACGAUUCCAAUGACACUGAACCAACCCUUCACGAUCACCUCCAGCAGAAGAGAGCACACACAAAAAUGCGCAGCUAGUCAAACGUCGUCCACGGAUAUCUUUCCGAACUUAGUAAUCCGACCGUCCUCUCCCUCACAGCCGGAUUCAUGUCAAAGCGCACGGCGAAUCGCUGUACGCCGAGCCUUCGAUAUUCCCGGCGUCGGGGGGGCGUCAUCUUCUAGAAGCCUCGCAUGGCUACCUCUAUCCAUCACCUCCGGUUUCCCAUCGCACCUCGCCUCGCUUCGCCUCCGGUUAAAUCGAUUAUUCCCGGUUUUUUUUUUCUUUUUUUUCUUUGUUUUCUUCUUUUCUCGAUCAGAGAACCUUCUCAACUGCGACAGUCGUGGCGCUGCGUCCCAUGAUCGCAGAGCCUAUCGUUGUCGCAGACAUAUCUAUAACACAAAGCGCACGGCAUAUCGGACGGCCGCAUAUUGACGAGCCCAACGAGGGUCAUGUCAUGGGAUGGGAUGCACGGCGUCGACCCUAAUCCAUGCUGGACUUGGGAUCCCCUUCGGGUACCCGUAACGCAGGGCAGAUAGCCAGUAUGGGUGUGCAACCUGACUAUAUGAUCGACUACGAGGAGGGAAAAAAAGAAGAGAGAGAAA